CUUGGCGCUACUGUAGGGAGAAUUGAUUCAUGGCGGGGCACUGAAUUCAUCAAGGCUGGUCUGGUGUGGGGUUACCGUUAUCGUUCACAACCAGCGUUGACUCACAAGCAUCGUAGAACUGCGACAGGCUUCUUCUGCUUCGUGGACAGGUUUUCUUUUUGUUCUACUUGAUAAUCUCACUUCUUCCUGGUAGCUUUUUCCUUUGUCCGCCCUGUUGCAAAGCGUUUCUCACUUAUCCCGUCUCAGACACAUCGCGGUCAUGGCGAGUGACGGCAAUGGAGGUGUCACAGGCGCUACGGCAGGUUCGACAACGCGCGACCUGCCUUUGCGCGGAGCCAGCAACCCAGAUGCUGAUUCUUUCGACAUAGUCGCGACUUACCAGCGCCUGCUGUCCGAAGACCCAGACCUCACCAUGCCCAUGGCCGCCAUUGAGGCACUGAUCGAGUUCCUGGGCCACAGCAAAGUCAAGACCGUCUACGAGACUAUCGAUCUCGUCAAGACGCAGAGCGCCAAGCUGCAGCACUCAGUUACGAAUCCCAUCGCCCUGUCACAUGGCACCGACCUGUUCCAGCAGUACCUCAUCAUGUCGCUUAAGCAGCCGAAUGCCCCCGGUACUUCUGCCUCCAGUGUCGCCGACAGCAAGGACAAGAACCCAGACGAGAGCUUCGAGGAGGUCCGACAACAUCUGCUCAGGAACGGCCGCCUGUUUGCCGCCAGGGCAAAGGACGGGCGCGAGAGGAUUGCCGUCAACGCGCGCAAGCACAUAUACCACGACACCACCAUCCUGACCCACGGCGGAAGCAGAGUCGUAGGCACCCUGCUGGGCCGCGCCGCAGAGAAGCACGACUACGGACACUACGUUGACGAGCCAAUCCGCUUCAAGGUCGUCUACGCCAUCGACCCGGCACUCGAGGUCGAGAGCAACCGCGUCGUCGCCGCCCUGCGAGCAAAGGGCAUACAGGUAGCCACCGUGCCCCUGAGCGCCGUGAGCUACGUUAUGGAGAAGGUCGACAUGGUCGUUGUGGGCGCUGAGGCUGUGACCGCUAAUGGAGGCAUCAUCUCGAGACUAGGUACGUACCAGAUCGCCCAGCUGGCCAAGGCGAACAAGAGACCCUUUUUCGUCGCGGCCGAGCAGCACAAGUUUGGCAAGACGUUCCCGCUGGGCCAGUUCGAUUAUCCCUUCGACCAGGGUCUUCUCGACUUCCACGCCAGCAAGGCGGAAGAGGAUGGCGGCAAGCCGAGGAAGAAGUCCAUGGAGAACCCGAUAGACUACACAUCGCCUGAAUAUAUUGAUAGCUUUUUCGCAGAUCACAAGGUUGUCACGCCUGUGGAGGUUGCCAAGGAAGUUAUCGAUAUGCUUAUGUAAGGGCCUUGGGUGUCGUUCUUCAGCAUUUACGGCGUUUUGGGACGGAAUGGAAAAUUGAAGGGUCAUUUACACGAUCGAUCGAUUGAUCAUAUCAAUCGGCCACGAAUAAAUUUCUGGUAGACCUGUCACAACAAUGCAAUGUCUUGGUAGUCAAAGCCUGGCGUAUUUAUUAACACAGUAGUGCGAUUUGGUGAAGUGUGGCUCUAUGCUGACCGAGCAAGCUGCUUCCCUGAGUAACAUUGGCAUCCCGUCCACUCUUCCGUAAAUAACAUGGGAAACGGAAUCUUCUCUGUUCAAGAUAUGUUAUGCAUACAAGCCAAACUGGUUCUAUCAGC